AUGACACCUCAAACCAUUGACACCAACAAAAAGUCCGCAUCCAAAGCAAAGGCCAAGAGCUCUAGCCAAUCCCCGACACCCCAAAUGGAUAUUCAACGAGUUGACAAGGGAGCUCAAAAGUCUAAAGGAUCGAAGAAAACUGAGAAGUCCCGAAAUCAAAAGAAGAUCUCAAGAAAAAAUGUUGACCAAGCUACUGUUCUCCAAAACAUCGAAAAUUCCAAAAUCGAAGAGAAGAGAGAAGAAGCGAAGCUCCGUCGAUCCCUGGAAGAAACUGUGGAGUUUUAUGACAACAACCGUAUUGAGGAGUGUCUUAUGGAGUAUUUUGAAGAAAGAGAAAAUUGGAAUCAGGUUCCGGAUGAAAAUCAAAACUAUCUAGCCCCAAUUAUGACACUGGAGCAUGUUCGCAUGGUCUAA